ACCGAGAAAUGGCGUACUUGAGUUUGCGGAACUUCUAUAUAAAUGAGUCGAUGUGCCUUUGUUCUGAACAUAGCCACCGUUUCCUGCAGUAUUUUAUUUCUCCAUUUCUUACCUUUUGGACCACACUAUCAUUGACUACAUUCAAUAACCGCCCUAUUGAACAUUGCUAUGGGUAUCGGUAGCAAGAGUGUGAAGACAUUUGUCGCAAAGGUCCCAUGGUCGAAAGUAAUUGAAAAGGCUGGUGGGGCAAAGGACAGGGGAGAUCGUCUGUGGCCCUCAAGGAACUCUAAGAACGAUUCGACCCUAAACUUUCGCCUUGACAAAGGCUCCACCGAUUCGAAGACCGGCAAUAUCGAGAUUAUACUUCAAGCAAACAAAAAUGCCGAGGAUCCAGAGGUCAAAAAAGCCGCACAAAAGGAUAGCGACGCUAUUUUGGGGAAGGUGCUCGUCGACCCCAAAAAGCCCAAUGCUGAAGAGGCAAGGAGCGCACUCAUUGCCUCAUUUAAGGAACGCAACUAGGAUGCUAUUUCAUUAUUAUGUUGUGGUCCGCAGAUGUG